ACUCUUAUUCUCUGUGGACGUCUUUCAGUCUAAGUGUGUGUGUGUGUGUGUGUGUGUUUUCUCAGGUUUAAAGUGUUCGCUAUCGCAGACGGAUCAACUGAACGCACUAAAGACAUCAUCAAGAGGAAGGAGGACAUUCAUGUUCUGGUGCUGUUUAAUUUGAUUCAGAGCACACUAGUGCUCACCAACGCCCAGAUGAAGAACUACAGGCCCUUCCAGACGUUCUGUCUCUACACGCGCUACAGGGAGGAGGUUUUGUCUCAGGCCUUCCAGACGUGUCGUAAUCGUGCGCUAGUGAACCGCCGGCGGCCCACGUCCAUCUACGGCCUGAAGAAGUGCCACGCGCUGCCUUUCCUGCCCAUGUCCUACCAGCUCUCACAGCACUACUACAAGUUCUUCACGUGGCGUUUCCCCAGCACCAUCUAUAACGAGGCGUUCGAUCUGCUGACGGGUUUGUGCGAGGCCGGCGGCAGCGACAGACCCAACAGCUUCUCCUUCCAGAAGGAGCCUGAGACAUCGGGAGUGCAGCCGGAGACGGACGAGGACGAGACGCAGGGCAUGCUGCAGUUCCCCAUGGACGCUCCGGGGGGCGCCAGCGCCUGCUGCCUGACCCUCAUGACCCUGGGGCUGCUGUCUGUGGACAUCAGCAUCCCGCAGCAGAUCGUGGUGGUGGACAGCACGCUGAUGGACAGCGACGUGGUCAAGAGCCUCACUAAAGCGCUGGAGGAGGAAGAAGAGGAGGAGGAUGACGAGAGGAAGAGGAGGCUGGAGGUCAAACCCACUCAGGCGUCGCACACUAAUUACCUGCUGAUGAGGGGAUAUUACACACCUGGAGUCCUGCGCUCACAGACACACAACUCCAACAGCACCGACAGCAUCAUGGUCAACACCUGCAACGUCCACCUGCAGCUGAGACAGACGCCCACACACACACUCUUCAGCAGCAGCGCUGCUGCUGUCUCAGCUCUGUCUCCAUCCGCUCCUCCGUCUCUCCCGCUGUUCUUCACGCAUGUGUAUCGCUCGGCUCCCGUCGGUCUGCAGGUGUUUCUGGACCGCUGUGUGAGCGUGCUGGGAUACGGAGCGCAGGAUGUGCAGGCGGUGACGGAGAUCAGGCGUGCCGUGGAGGAGGAGGCGGAGUUUGGUGUUGACAGACAGGACCUCUGCGAGCGCUUCAUACACCUGGACCAGCCCGAGGAUGGGCGGAGCAGAACACUCCUGCAGUACAUACAGGAUCUGGUGGACGGGGAGCAGCUGGUGGAGGCGGGCGCUCUCUCUCAGAGGCUGGUGUGUGCGGAGGCCGCGUCUCAUUGGCUGUUACAGAGCAGGUGUGGGAGUGUGCAGAUGCAGCAGGUGUUCCCAAUGAGAAGCCCCGCCCAUGACACCCCCCCACAUACUAGAAGACAGACCGUGGAAUCAGAAUUACAGGAGACAGUCGCUGCGGAUCCCAUCUCCACAGACACAGCUGUCAAUCAGACUGUCGCCAGGGAAUCCGUCUCUACGGACACAGCUGUCAAUCAGACCAUCUCCACAGACACAGCUGAGAGUCAGCCUGUUUCCAUGGAGAUUGAUCCUGAGGAGGCGGUCCAUAAAGAUAACGGAGGCUCAGAACAGCAUAUGUCAGAUGACAAAGGGGUGGGGCUUAACACAGACCCUGCCCCCUCUCAGAUGAAAGACGGAGCUGAAGGAGCUGCUGAUCGGGACACACACGGGUCGGUGUGGUUCGUCAGCCGGCCGUGGCGUGUGGUGGACGGCUCGCUGAAUCGGCCCGUGUGUAAAGGCAUGCUGGAGUCUCUGCUGCUGCACAUCAUGUCCAGCCCGGCGCUGCUCGAGUCCCAGCUGCUGCAGCACUACAGUCAGGUGCUGCAGCCCGUGGUGGUGCUGGACCUGCUGCAGGUCCUGGUGGAUGUGGGCUGCGUGAGGAAGCGCUACACCGUCCAGCAGCACAAACCGUCACUCUUCUCCAAGCCCAGGGCGCCGCAGGUCAAAGGUCAGGCGGAGGUCAGUCUGAGGGAUGCUGGGACGGUGUUUUACGAGCCGACGGUGGACUGCGUGCUCAGACUGGCGCGGGUCUUUCCUCACGAGCUCAACUGGAACAAAUGGGUGCAGCUGUGUCUGCGCGCGUGAUGCUAAUUGUUUUAAUAUCAUCUGCUUCUGUUCAUAAAUCACAAUAAAGACACAAGUCCAUGAUGUACCAUUUCAGUUAAACAUGUUUCUGGAGCAGCCAGCUGUUUUUUAUUUUUUGUUUUGAUGAAAUGAACAAUGAGAAAAUGCUGAAUAUUACAGAGGAAGAGGAUCUGAAGCAGCUCUAAACAGAGAGGAUUUACAAUUCUGUGUGAAGGUCUGCCACUGGGAAAUGGCUUUAUUUUGGACAUUUUUGGAGAUUAAUCACGCCACAUUAGUUUAAAAGGCUAAUUUACUUUUAAACUUGUAUGUUUCAUCCUUACUAAUAAAUAGCGAGCAAGAGCUUGUGUUGUACAGUGAAAAUGUAACUCGUGUCAAUUGUGACACAUCAGAUACAUUUCUGCAGACUUCAAUCUCUUAAAUCAAAUUUAUUGUAAUUUCCACAGAUGUUCAUAUCAUUUCUUCUGGUCUUAUCGUCUCAAAGCAAAACCCCUAAACAUGAUUCUUCUUCAGUCACUCGUGAUGUGGUGUUGUGGCUCACUGUCGCGGCGUCAGCUUGAGUAUGACGGGCUCUUUGGGAGCCAGCAGGCCGUUAAAGCUGAGCUCUAGAGGAAUCUGUAGAGAGAGACGUCACACUGUUUCACUGCAGCGUUACACAAACACAUGAUGCUAAUGUUUACAGGGUUUCUGCAGGUCUGAGAAAGACUUCAUUCACACUUCCACAAAUGAUUAAAGCCUAAAAAGCUCUUAAAUCAGAGCAGAACGUCUUCAGUUCAUGCAGUCGUGGCAUUAAAUGUUGCAUGCACUGCAAAAAAAUGAAUAUCUUCCUCUGUGUUUUUGUCUUCCAGUACAAAUACCUUAACAUCCAUUAAUCAAGAUACAUUGGAGAUGUGAAUGCAGAACAAAGCCUGGACAAGUUUAAAGUUGUAUUUAUUCUUAAAACAAGAACAAAUAUCUGGCAGCUGGAAAUGAACAGAGAUAUUCAAGCCUUAAGCUC